AUGCCAAAGAACACUAAAGUGACCCAGAAGGAGAACAGCAAUGAGCCGGUCACAGAGUCCGUGGCCGACCUGCUGUCUCUGGAGCACCCCAUGGGCUUCAAGAGCAGUCAGAUGAGCAUGGGACUGAGCCCGGGCUCCACCGCUCCAGUCCGCGCCCUGCUCCCCUCCCCGGACCCCGACAUAGAGGACGGGCGACCGGCCUGGAACAACAAGCUGGAGUAUAUCCUCGCUCAGGUGGGCUUCUCUGUGGGCCUGGGCAACGUCUGGAGGUUCCCCUACCUGUGCCAGAAGAACGGAGGAGGAGCAUACCUGGUGCCCUACUUCAUCCUGCUGCUGCUCAUUGGGAUCCCUCUGUUCUUCCUGGAGUUGGCUGUAGGACAGAGAAUCCGUCGCGGCAGCAUCGGCGUGUGGAACUACGUCUACCCUCAGCUGGGGGGCAUCGGGGUGUCCAGCCUCAUGGUUUGUGGUUUUGUGGGGCUCUAUUACAACGUUAUCAUUGGAUGGAGCAUAUUCUACUUUUUCCAGUCAUUCCAAUAUCCGCUGCCCUGGGCCGAGUGUCCCAUCCAGAGGAACGGGAGUCAAGCCAUUAUGGUGCCAGAGUGUGAGAAGAGCUCAGCCACCACGUAUUUCUGGUACCGACAGGCGCUGAACAUCACCAGCACCAUCGAUGACACCGGGGGUCUCAACUGGAAGAUGACCUUGUCGCUGCUCGUGGCCUGGAUCAUGGUCUGUCUGGCUGUGAUCAAGGGCAUCCAGUCCUCAGGGAAGGUGAUGUACUUCAGCUCCCUGUUCCCCUACGUGGUGCUCUUCUGUUUCCUGGUUCGAGGUCUGAUGCUGAAAGGAGCUGUGGACGGCAUCGCGCACAUGUUCACUCCAAAGUUGGAGAAGAUGUUGGAGCCGCAGGUGUGGAGAGAAGCUGCCACUCAGGUGUUCUUUGCCCUGGGUUUGGGCUUUGGAGGAGUCAUUGCCUUUUCCAGCUACAACAAACGGGACAAUAAUUGUCACUUUGAUGCCACCCUGGUCUCCGUGAUAAACUUUGUGACUUCCAUCCUUGCCACACUUGUGGUGUUCGCAGUGCUGGGCUUCAAAGCAAAUGUCAUGAACGAGAAGUGUGUUGUGGAAAAUGCAGAGAAAAUCCUGGGUUUCCUGAACACGGGGGUGCUCAGCAAAGAGCUCAUUCCUCCUCACAUUAACUUCUCGCACCUGUCGACUCAGGACUACGCAGAGAUGUACAGUGUCAUAAAGACAGUGAAGGAGGACAUCUUUGGGGAGCUGGGGCUGGACUCCUGUGUGCUUGAGGAUGAGCUCAACAAGGCAGUGCAGGGCACUGGACUGGCCUUCAUCGCCUUCACGGAGGCCAUGACACAUUUCCCCGCCAGCCCCUUCUGGUCGGUCAUGUUCUUCUUUAUGCUCAUCAAUCUGGGCUUAGGCAGUAUGAUUGGCACCAUGACAGGAAUCACCACUCCCAUCUUAGACGCCUUCAAGAUCCGCAAGGAGAUUCUUUGUGUGGUUUGCUGCAUCAUCGCCUUCCUGUUAGGUCUUUUGUUUGUGCAACGCUCAGGGAACUACUUUGUCACAAUGUUUGACGACUACUCGGCCGGUUUGCCUCUGACUGUGGUAGUGAUCCUGGAGAACAUCUCUGUAGCUUGGAUCUAUGGCAGCAAGAGGUUCAUGCAGGACUUGGAGGACAUGCUUGGCUUCAGGCCCUAUUCCUUUUACUACUAUAUGUGGACGUAUGUGUCACCUGCGAUCCUCGUGGUGCUCAUCAUCGCCACUGUUAUAGAGAUGGCUGUGAGUCCUGCAGGAUACAACGCCUGGUCAGAGUCAGAGGGCACGGAGCACUUCGAGAACUAUCAACCUUGGGCGAUAAUCAUGGCCUAUUCCCUGAUUGUUCUCGCCAUGCUGCCUCUGCCCCUGGUCUAUUUAGCCCGCCGCUUUAACCUCCUCUCAGACGGCUCCAAUAAGCUCUCUGUGUCCUACCGAAAAGGCAUGAUGAAGGAUAUCUCCAACCUCGAGGAGCAGGAUGAGCAGCGCUUCAUUUUGGGCAAAAACCCAGCCGAGGCCCCUUCUCCCAUGCCACCACACCGCGCUUACCUGGGCCCAGGAGGUACUCAAGAGAUGACCAAUACUAACUACGGCACAAGCACCAAAACGGGAUACCAAAACAUAGGGUCGCCCGAGUCUGAACUAUGA